CCGCCAUUUCCUCCCAGCCUUCCCUUUCAUGGCCAGCGCUCCCACCCGUCCGAGAAAGGUUCCCCCGCGCGCCCCACCGCUCGCCCGGACACCUCCCCGGUUCGCUGCGCCCGCGCCUGCGCGUCCGCGUCCCCGGCGCGCGAGGCCCCCGCGUCUCCGUCGCCCCCCUCGCCGUCGCCGACAUGGGCAACUGCUGCCCGGGGUCGUCGUCGUCCGCGGAGCCCGCGCCGCCGCAGCCGCCGGACCCCUCCGGCUCGUCGCGCCCCGUGGCUUCGCCUGCCUCGGUGUCGCCGACCGCGGCGCCCGCGCCCGCCAGGCCCCCGGCCCCCAUCGGCCCCGUGCUGGGCCGGCCCAUGGAGGACGUGAGGGCCACCUACGCCGUGGGCAAGGAGCUCGGGCGCGGGCAGUUCGGCGUCACGUCGCUGUGCACGCACAAGGCCACGGGGCACAGGUUCGCGUGCAAGACCAUCAGCAAGAGGAAGCUGUCCACCAAGGAGGACGUGGAGGACGUGCGGCGCGAGGUGCAGAUCAUGUACCACCUGUCCGGCCAGCCGGGCGUGGUGGAGCUCAAGGGCGCGUACGAGGACAAGGGCUCCGUGCACCUCGUCAUGGAGCUCUGCGCCGGCGGCGAGCUCUUCGACCGCAUCAUCGCCAGGGGCCACUACACCGAGCGCGCCGCCGCCUCGCUGCUCCGCACCAUCGUCGAGAUCGUGCACACCUGCCACUCCAUGGGCGUCAUCCACCGCGACCUCAAGCCCGAGAACUUCCUCCUCCUCAGCAAGGACGAGGACGCGCCGCUCAAGGCCACCGACUUUGGGCUCUCCGUCUUCUUCAAGGAAGGUUGAUUUGCUUGCUCUCACUCUCCUCCAUGGUUGCAUUGCAUCAUCACAUUCAUAUCUGUUGCUCUGCAUAUGCAUUGCAAUGCGAUGCAGGGGAGGUGUUCAGGGACAUCGUCGGCAGCGCCUACUACAUCGCUCCGGAGGUGCUGAAGCGGAGCUACGGGCCCGAGGCCGACAUAUGGAGCGUCGGCGUCAUAGUCUACAUCCUGCUCUCCGGCGUUCCGCCCUUCUGGGCAGAGUCGGAGCACGGCAUCUUCAACGCCAUCCUGAGGGGGCAGGUCGACUUCACCAGCGACCCAUGGCCGCGCAUCUCGCAGGGCGCCAAGGACCUCGUCAGGAAGAUGCUCAACCCUGACCCCAAGCAGCGGAUUUCUGCAUACGACGUCCUCAACCAUCCGUGGAUCAAGGAGGACGGCGAGGCGCCGGACACGCCGCUGGACAACGCGGUCCUCGGCCGGCUGAAGCAGUUCAGGGCCAUGAACCAGUUCAAGAAGGCGGCGCUGCGGGUCAUCGCGGGGUGCCUGUCGGAGGAGGAGAUCCGUGGGCUCAAGGAGAUGUUCAAGAGCAUGGACUCCGACAGCAGCGGCACCAUCACCGUGGACGAGCUGCGGAGAGGGCUGGCCAACAAGGGCACCAAGCUGAGCGAGGCCGAAGUCCAGCAGCUCAUGGAAGCUGCCGACGCCGACGGGAACGGGACGAUCGACUACGAGGAGUUCAUCACGGCGACGAUGCACAUGAACCGGAUGGAUCGCGACGAGCACCUCUACACCGCGUUCCAGUACUUCGACAAGGACAACAGCGGGUACAUCACGAUGGAAGAGCUGGAGCAAGCCCUGAGGGAGAAGGGCCUGCUGGACGGCCGAGACAUCAAGGAGAUCGUGGCGGAAGUGGACGCCGACAACGACGGGCGGAUCAACUACACCGAGUUCGCGGCGAUGAUGAGGAAAGGAGACCCGGAGCCGUCCAACCCCAAGAAGCGGCGCGACAUCGUCCUGUAGAGGAGGGGCGUGGAGCUCGGGAGCACGUCACGUACGUACGGCUGCUGGCAGGAAUCUUCGUCUUCGUGGUGGCGGAGAAAUUAAGCAGACGCGUGCGCGUUCUAUCUCUGGACAUGUAUAAUAUUGCACGCGACAGGAGCGGAGGAGCUGAGGGGGGGAGUGACCGCGCAUUAUUAAUAUGAAAAAAUGGCAACCGGGUGUCGGUUAUUCUUGUCUGCAUGUCGUUACUCGGAUGUUAUAGUAGAACGAACUGUUCGUA